GCAAUACAUUGAACACGGUAGCAGAAACGUUCAUACCAAGGUUCAUGCCAAGGUUCAUGAUCAUGCGUUAAUUUGCAAAACGCAUGCAUAAUAGUUGAGCGAAAAUGGCGCAAGUAGGCAAAAUAUGCAACCUAUCUAACAUUAGAAAAUGGUGUGAAAUUCACGAUUCAACUUGCAUUUACUUCCUUUCAGAGGGUUAGUGUUACUAUCAUAUCGAUCAGUGCCAGCGAUCUAAAACGCAAGCGAGCUUCAAAAGUAUUCAUGCUUAUUCAAAGGAACGGUCCGAGCAUGAACAGAGACGUUAUCGAUGGAAGUCAAAGAAGUUGGCCUCCAGCAGCGUUCUGCUUUAAUCUUUACUUACAAUUUUAUGACGCUCUAAAGCUGUGAUCGAGGGCGCUUUUUGUUUGUUUAUUUAUUGAAUGACGUGAAGUCGUGCUACAUCAUGCCAGUCUGUCAGAUACCAUUGCGGGAACGAUCCAGAGGAACACUGGGUGUUGCGUUGAUGGCCGUCAACGCCAUAAUCGUCGGAAUGGCUCAUGUUUUACUCUUUCUCGGUAUCUAUAUCCGAUAUGAGCUCGGCACGAAGGCAGAGCUUCUGAAAAACUAUAACCCGGACGUGCUCUUUCAUAUGAUGCUGAGCAUUUCGGCCACCCUGAUCAUCUUCCACGGUCCGGGGGCGAAAAUCUGCUACGACUGCGGCAACUGGAAAACGAGGGACCGUUUCCACUCGUGUUUCUCGUUCUGGCUGCUGGCGGCGCUGCUGGUCUCACUGGUGCCCUCCUCUGCCCUGGUACUCUGUGCCGUUCACAAGGGUCGCAUCGAGCUGGCGCUCAUUGCCGGCUUCAACGAGGCAGCCGUCCGCUACAAGCUGGACAGCGGAACCAAGAGCCAGCUGGACAGACUGCAGGUCAGCCACCACUGCUGCGGCGGCAACGGCUUCGACGACUGGAUGAGGAUCAGCUGGGUCAACAUUGAGGACGUCAAGCCCAGCAAACAGUUCGCCAAAAGCUCGUACCGGACCCCGGAGGGAGAGCUGGUGCUGCCGUGGGCACCCUGGAGCUGCUGCAACUCAAGCAUCCUUCUGGUGUGUGACUCCAUCUGGGACCUGAUGCCGCACGAGGCCAAAUCCGGUCGGCGUCGGCGCCGCAGCGUGUCACUGCUUCAACCCGGACCGUGGCGGAGGGAGGGUCGGAAAGAGGCGGCCACAUCAACUCACAGAAAUGCCACCUGGAGUACCGACCAGGCAAUGAACGGGACCACGACAAACAAUAGUAGCGAUAAAGGCAGCCGCGACACGAUUGUCGCUUGGAGUCCGGUGAACGACGUGCUGCAAAGUGGCCCUGGGCCUCCUCUUUUCAAGUCUUUCAACUACUCAAGGCGUAAAAGAAGUCCUAGAUCCAAAACGAAACCCAAGAAAAAGAAAUAUCAUGCUCCGAAACGAGGCAAGAAGACGACACCAAAGCCCGCCAAGGACAUAUCGAAGAAGCUGUCGGGUGCCUUCCCUCAGUUUCAGCUGCACGGUCUGGACGGAGGCUCGGGUCCGAUCGGCGCCGCCGACACGGACUCGCCGUUCGAGGGGCGCCUGGAGGCGCUGCUGCCGCAGCUGGAGCUGGAGGCGUCCGUGGCGCAGCUGGACGGCUGGUUCCAGCCCUCCAAGGUCAGUCGACAGGCGCUCCAGGAGCGCAUCUUCCACCGGGUCGGCUGCGGGGAGGCACUCUCCAGGACCGUGUUCUGGGUUAUCGGCAUGGCCAUGACGACACUGUUCACCAUCUGGAUAUUCCAGUUGAUAAUGUUGACGCUGGCCCGCUGGCUACAAACGUCCAUGGACCUGGCGUACAACUGGGGCAAUCCCAAGAUGAUGGCUCCCGGCUACCUGCUCAAAAAGUGGCCGUGCUCCAGCGGCCCAACGCCCGACAUCGAGCCACCCGACGCUGCCUUCUACGAGGAGGACCUGGAGCAGUCCAGCGAGGACGAGGUGGAGGACGUGGAACGGCCGGCGCCGAGCCACCGGACCUCCCGACGGUCCGCGCCGGCUUUUGACGAAGACGAGGAGGAAGAUGACGAUGAAGACGGUGAUGACAGCACGGGAUACGGGGACGACUCCUCUGCUGUCAGUGACCUGGCCAGUUGGGGAGGAGGAGGAGGGGGUGGGGGAGGAGGUGGUGCAGGGGGAGGUGGUGAUGACGAUGAUGAUGAUGGUGGUGGCGGUGGUGGAGGUGGCGGAGGGGGUGACGAUGAUGACGGUGGCGGGAAGAAAAAGAAAAAGAAAAAAGGAGAAAAGAAAGGUAAAAAUAAAAAGGGUAAAAAGAAAGAAAAGGGCGACAAGAAGAAAAAGAAAGGAAAGAAAGACAAGAAGGGUAAGAAGAAAAAGUCUCCUAAGAAAGGUAAGAAGAAGUCGAAAGGCAAAAAGACAAAGAAGAGCAAGAAGGGAGGGAAAAAGAAAAAGAAGGCUAAGAAGGGGAAGAAGAAGAAGAGAGGAAAGAAACGUAAGAAGAAGUGAAAUGUUGUAUAUUCAUGCUGAUGUUGAGAUCUCGCCAACACAAACUGUGUGCUCGUAUCGGUGUAUUUGUGUGCAAAAGGUGAAAGUGUUUGUCCUGGAUGUUUCUCCUAGGCCGCCAGUGUGCAGUGCAGUGCAUACACACACUGACGUGUAAGUGAAAGGGUGAUGGGCACGUCUAAAGUGUUACAACUGCUGUUUGCAUGUUGUUUACAUGCAACUUAAACAGCAUGUUUUCAAACAUGUUUGUUUUCAAGCAUGUUUUAUUACAUGCUGUUUGCCCUAAUCGUCAACAAAUGUCCUGGAUUUCGUCUUCGGAGAUGUGUGCAAUGCAGUUUGAACUGA